AUGCUGUGGUUCCCGGUGAAGAAGAUCCGGAAGCAGUUCAAGCUGCUGCUGCUCCUGGUGCUGCUCACCUUCGCCGUGUGGUUCACCUACCUGCAUAUCAGCCUGGUGCGCCAAGGCAAGGCGCUGCGCCUACACUUCGCCUAUGGCAGGGAUGGUGAGCGGCUGGGUGAGGUGACAUACCCUGGCAGGCAUGUGGCUGAGGCCCAUGCAUCCUCUCCUCAGAGGAAAGCUGAGGACUCCAGCGAGAGCCGGGAGGAUGACCAGAUGAUUGAAGAGCAAGGGUUUGAUGGGUGGUUUUCAAAAAGACGUGGGCUUGACAGACCUGGAAGACCCCCAAAGCCAAACAUAACCAGACAUGUUCUGCCAUGGAAUGAGCAGUACAAAGGGAAAGCGAACCUGCAUGUAUUUGAAGACUGGUGUGGAGGGGCUGUUGGACAUCUAAGGAAGAAUCUGCAUUUCCCGCUCUAUCCUCAUACCCGCACAACAGUGAAAAAGUUGGCUGUGUCACCCAAGUGGAAGAAUUAUGGGCUUCGUAUCUUUGGGUACAUUCAUCCCUUCAAAGAUGGAGACUUCCAGUUUUCUAUAGCUUCGGAUGAUAACUCUGAAUUUUGGCUCAGCCCUGAUGAAACUCCAGCCAAUGCCCGCCUGGUGGCGUAUGUGGGAAAGCUUGGCUCUGAGUGGACUGCCCCAGGAGAGUUCACAAAAUUCAGCUCACAAGUCUCCAAGCCAAUCCGCGUUCUCUCCUCCAGGCGUUAUUACUUUGAGCUCCUCCACAAGCAGGAUGACCGUGGUUCAGACCAUGUGGAAGUUGGUUGGCGAGUUUUUCUUCCCAGCUUCAAGUUUGAGGUCCUCGAUUCCUCCUACAUUUCACUCUAUACAGAUGAAUCCAGUCUGAAAAUGAAUGAGGUGGGACAUGUGCCUCAGUCCCUCGCCAGCCACUCUGGCAGCUACCUGUGGGGUCUACAGAGAGAUGAGCAUGGAGCAGAUAUGCUAAAGCAUGACCCUCGAGACACUUUCUUCCUCACUCCCCAGAUCGAGCCGUCCCACGUGGAGAAUGUGCUGGUGCCCUGUGCUUACAGCCCCACAUAUGUGGUGAAGGACUUCCCUAUUGCCCGCUACCAGGGCCUGCAAUUUGUCUACCUCUCAUUUGUUUACCCCAAUGAUUUCACCCGGCUUACGCACAUGGAGACAGAGAACAAAUGCUUCUACAGGGAGUCUCCGCUCUACCUGGAAAAAUUUGGCUUUUACAAAUACAUGAAGAUGGAUGAAGAAGAAGAAGAAGAGGAAGAGGAUCCACACCAGAGAGCCUUUCUCUUCCUGAAUCCUGAGAACUUUCUUGAAGAGGAAGAGGAAGGAGCUGACAGUCCUGAGCCCACUGACAUGCUCCCUGAUGCCAAGGCCAAGAGCCCCAACGUGCUGGAUCCACAUGCGUUUCCUGGGCUAAAGAGGAGAGAGAGGCCCUUUACCACAAAAGAUUAUGGGAAUGAGGUGGACUACUAUACCUUCAACCAGAAACGAAAGAGGCUUAAUGAAGAGGGGGCACUGACUGGGCAGCCUGUCCCUACCGGAACAAACAGUGGGCCAAGUCUGAGUUCUGGGACACAAACUCAGACUUUCCAGGCCUAUGAGACUGCAGCGCCUCUUGGGGAACAGGUGGUAAUUUAUGGGCGGUCCCUCAGCUGGGCACAGGAUGAGGAGGAUGGAAGGAAGGAGCCAGAGCUAGGGCUGCUAUCGCCCUCAAAGCAGGGCAGCUCUUUCAGCCUCCAGCCUCGCCUCUCUGUGCCUUUCUUUGCUGGAAAGGCCAAGCAGCAGAGCCCUAAGGAAGAGGAGCAGCCCAAGAAGGAGAACAAGAAGCCCCCAGAUAAAGUGUACGUGACACGGCUCCAGCCCAGCAAGAAGAAGGCUCUACCCCAAAAGGAUGCUUUCCCUGGAGUCUUUCUCUACCCAAAGCCGCCAAGGAAGGUGCACUUGAACGCCAGACUCCCUCAGCGGCGGCCUGCUCCCUUCAGCAAGCUCCACAGUGUACCUGGUCAUAGGACCCCUUGGCUCACUGGCAACGCCUCCAAAGAAACAGUUCCUUCUAAAAGGAAAAGCCAGCGGGCCAGCAGGAAAUGGGAACAACUGUACGACCGAGAGGCCCCCAAGCCCCGAAGUAAGCAGAGGAUGCGGCCCAGUGCCUUGAACUUGCCUGCAGAAGGGCUCUUCAGCAGAGAAACCUUUGAGGUCACCACCCCAGCAAGGGCCACCCUAGAUUACAAUUCCUCCGAGGUGGUGCUGACUGAAGGCAUGCGAGUGACGUCCUUCCUGCGGAUGUCAGAGGUUACAGAGUCUCAGCAGGAGGAGGUUGAGGGCCCAGAGAUGGCCCAAGGGGAGGAGGCUGAGGAAGAGUUGUCUGACUAUAGCUAUGAGAACUCUGAGCUGCAGCAGAGCUGGCUGGAGGACUCCAUCAACUGGCAGAGGACAUUCAGCGUCAGCCCCGUGGAUUUUGAGCUGCUGCGCUCAGACUGGAAUGACCUUCGGUGCAAUGUCUCAGGAAACCUGCAGCUGAGCGAGAGUGAGGUGGUGGACGUAGUGGCCCAGUAUAUGGAGAAGCUCAAUGAGAAGAAUGGCGGCAUCUACACCCUCUUGCGGAUCAUCAAUGUGGAGAAACGGCGAGAUACAGCCCGGGGCAACCGUUAUCUGAUGGAGCUGGAACUGAUGGAGAGAGGCCAGAAGACCGUGCGGCUCUCGGAGUACAUCUAUGUCUUGCUGCACCAGAGCAAAUCAGAAGACAGCACUGAAGUCAACCUUGAGGGACCUGCAACUGUGUCCACAGAAUCUCGGCCGUCACCUAGUGCCUGGAGCCUGCUCUAUGGAAAGCCCAUCCUGUGUCGGCCUCUACGGCUUAGAUGGAGGCAUGAUGUGAUGGUACAUUUUGUGGUGCCAGUGAAAAAUCAAGCACGUUGGGUACAGCAGUUCAUCUCAGACAUGGCUAACCUAUACUUGAACACCAAGGAUGCCAACUUCAACGUUAUCCUGGUAGACUUUGAUAGUGACGACAUGGAUGUUGAGAAGGCACUUCAGGAAGCUCACCUACCCAGGUACCAAUACUUGAAGCGCACAGGAAACUUUGAGCGCUCAGCCGGAUUACAGGUCGGGGUGGACUCCAUAGAGGAUGCCAGCAGUAUUGUGUUCCUGUGUGACCUGCACAUCCACUUUCCCCUCAACAUUCUAGACAGCAUCCGGAAGCAUUGUGUGGAAGGGAAGCUGGCCUAUGCACCCAUCGUCAUGAGGCUGGGCUGUGGGAGCUCUCCACAAGAACCCAAUGGCUACUGGGAGGUGAAUGGAUUUGGCCUCUUUGGUAUCUACAAAUCUGACUUCGAUCGUAUCGGUGGGAUGAACACAGAAGAGUUCCGAGACCGCUGGGGUGGGGAGGACUGGGAGCUGUUGGACAGGGUGCUUCAGAGUGGUCUGGAGGUGGAACGCUUGCGACUCAGGAACUUUUACCAUUACUACCAUUCCAAACGUGGCAUGUGGAAUUCACACGGCAAGAAGACACCCAAAGACUAAACACCAGCCCUGCCCUCAGCCAAACCCCACUCCUGGUCCUCCUCAAGAGGCUAAAAGGAAGUAGCAGCAGCAGCAGCAGCAGCUGCCUUGGCUUCACUACCGUGACUCAGCACAGUUUCCAUGCUGCUGCAAAUGCCCUUCUCGACACAGCACCAGUGAAAGGCCUGCGCAAGGGCUCUCAGAGUCGAAGGUUUCCAGUGAACGAUUUAAAGCAAACCAUGUUUACUUUGGGAUUUUUUUGUGACUUUUCUUAACGGAUCUAAUUUCUUAGUCAGAAAUUACAUGUAUUAACUCAGUAGUAGUGAAAGGUCAGGAUUCCUGCUUAAAAGGGAGAAUGGGACAUGCCCUCCAGUAUUACUGCCAGCCAGGAAGGAAAGUGCUGGACAGCUACACAAAGCUCAUGCAACUGCCGGGGGCAUUGGGGAGAGAAAGACCACAGUCUUGUCUCAGAGUGUGAUAUCCUAGUUAUAACAUCUGAAGUGUGGUGGGGGGGAGAGAAUCUUUAGUAUGAUAAGCGCUAGUUAUUCCUGAGUUGCCUUUGCCUCAGCCCAUGUUCAUAUUAAGGCAGGGCCUCCAGGAGAGUUCCUUGUCUUAAGAUGAUUUCAGAAGAACUCAUGUCAGAGAUGGGUGGAGGGAGUAUUUCCAUCUUUCUAAUCCAGUUUUGGAUUUCUGGUCCAUGCUAGCUAGCUUGGCAUAUUUUGCUGUUCCAGCCCCACAGCUAUUAUAUCACCUCAGGUAGAGAGCCCCAGAUUCAGGCCCCUGUAAGCUUCUUGUAUGUCCCUGUUUCUAUGAUUGAUGAAAGAGCUGAAAAUAAGAAUGUCCCAUGGUGGGGUGGAGAUGGGAAAAUGCACUUCCAGAAAAAUGAGUUUCAAGAGGGAGAGGGAUUGGUCAUGAGAGUGCCUUUCAUUACACUCAGCAUCACUUCAGAUACAUUCAUCUCGCCAAGGAGACGGAAGAUGUAAGUGCCUUGUGCUUCUGAUUCUUUCACUUCUCAGUGUUAUCUGAAAUAGAAGUUGCACAUCUCCACUACUCUGGAGAUGCACAGACUCCCAACAUCAGGGCAUCUUCCAAACAGGAAGAAUGCAGAAGUUCUCUUUCAGACAUAAUGGAAAUAGCAAAGGAACAGGAAGCAUUGAGGCACUUCCACUCUCACCAACACAACACAGUCACAUCACAAUCACCUGUACCCCCAUUCCCUUUCUCCCUUCACCUGUUGUUUUGUGGUUGCUUUUUGUUUAAAGUAUGGAGCCAAAGUGGCUGCUUGUGCCCUUUGAAGUGGCCACAGAGGGUGGGAGAAUAGAUAGGUUUCAGCAUAACCAUCAUGAAGCAGGAAUUAAGGAGAAACCAUGGCAACCCAGCCCAUGAGUGAGCCUAAGCUUCUUGUUACUGCCCGUUCUUCACCAGUCACCCAGCCAAGCUAAUGGGAGAAAGCUGGAUACAUUUUUAUACUAUGAGAUGUAAGUGCCCACCACCAUCACCACAAAAAGCACCCUCUCGUUUAUUUUGGGAGACGGUGUCUAGGAAAUGCAGGAUGGGUGAAAAGGAUGGACUGGAGGCCAGCCAUGUUUUCCCCCAACCAUUAUUAUUUCUGGAGCAACUCCCUCCUUUUCCACACAAGCACUCCAACCGUGGAAAGUAGGUGAGGUUUCAUGGCCCUUAGGUUUCAUGUUCACCAUCUGCUAUGGUUGGAGUAUCAGAAAGGGAUGGUGCAGGGAUCAAAAGGAGGGGAGGGCAAAACAAUAUUUCCAAGCUAAUUUCUGUGAAAUUAUGAGGUAGAAAGCUGUUUUCAGAAAGUUAUGU